CUGAUCAUCAAGCAUUCUAAUUAAGUAGUUGUGCAUGCAGAUCAUGGCGUUCUGCUUCUGCAACCCUAAAUCGGCUCUCUUCUUCCUCAUCAUAGGCCUAGCUGCAGGGCUCCAUGUCUCCCUAGCUCAAGACAGCCCACAAGACUACAUCAACGCUCACAACGCAGCUCGUGCGGAGGUGGGUGUUGGGUCUAUGACCUGGGAUGACAAGGUAGCUGCUUACGCCCAACAAUAUGCCAAUCAGAGGAUCGGCGACUGUGCCUUGGUGCACUCCGGCGGACCCUACGGAGAGAACCUCGCCGCUGCAAUGCCUUCCUUGUCGGGAACCGAUGCCGUGAAGAUGUGGGUAGACGAAAAGCAGUACUACGACUACAACUCCAACUCAUGUAGUGGGGGUGAAUGCCUCCAUUACACUCAGGUGGUGUGGAGAGACUCAGUUCGCCUUGGGUGCGCCAAAGUUCAUUGCAACAACGGUUGGGACUUCGUCACAUGCAACUAUGAUCCUCCUGGCAACUAUGUAGGACAACGACCUUACUAGCUAGAGUUACGUUCUUCAAUGGGGGUGUCCAUCAGUCUAUCUGCUGCUAAUAAAUCGUCUGGCUUUGAUUACCUAUGAUCCAUGCAAAAACUUUAUAAUUUGCAAUAAACAUUUCUGGCUUGAUAUCUGUUAAUUAAUCUCAUUUGCAUUUGGAUUUUC